CUGCACUUCUGCUUGCAGCUCUGUCCUCUCAACCAACCCCUCGAUCCUCCCGAGUGAAACCUCUUCCACCCCCACCACCUCCAACUGCAAGCCUUGUCAAGGGCUUCAAUCCCACUGACAAGCUACCCCCUACGGCAACCAUGACUUCCCAACACAGCACACACAGCUCCGGCUCCAACAUUGUCGGUGUUCACUACCGCGUGGGCAAAAAGAUUGGAGAGGGUUCCUUCGGAGUCAUCUUCGAGGGUACCAACUUACUCAACAGCCAGACAGUAGCCAUCAAAUUUGAGCCUAGGAAGAGCGAUGCACCCCAAUUGAGAGACGAAUACCGGACGUACAAGAUCUUGGCAGGGUGCCCUGGUGUGCCUCAGGUCUAUUACUUUGGUCAGGAGGGGCUGCAUAACAUUCUCGUCAUUGAUCUCUUGGGUCCAUCGCUGGAGGACCUCUUUGAUAUGUGCGGUCGGAAGUUUUCCAUCAAGACGGUGGUCAUGACAGCAAAGCAGAUGAUCACUCGUGUGCAGACUAUCCACGAGAAGAAUCUCAUCUACAGAGAUAUCAAACCAGACAACUUCCUGAUCGGACGUCCGAUGACAAAAGGAGCCAACGUCGUUCACGUCGUCGACUUCGGUAUGGCAAAGCAGUACAGAGAUCCCAAGACUAAGCAGCAUAUCCCCUAUCGUGAGAGGAAGAGCUUGAGCGGUACAGCCCGAUACAUGUCCAUCAAUACCCACCUGGGAAGGGAGCAGUCGCGGCGAGAUGACUUGGAAGCUCUCGGCCACGUCUUUAUGUACUUCUUGCGGGGUGGUCUGCCGUGGCAAGGCCUCAAGGCUGCUACGAACAAGCAGAAGUACGAAAAGAUUGGAGAGAAGAAGCAAAGCACACCCAUCAAGGAGCUCUGUGAGACUUUCCCCGAAGAAUUUGGCAUUUACCUCAACUACGUGAGAAAGCUGGGCUUCGAGGAGACUCCUGACUAUGACUUCCUCAGGGAGCUCUUCACAAAGGUCCUCAAGAGUUCAGGAGAGGCAGAGGACGGAGUGUAUGACUGGAUGAUGCUGAAUGGAGGCAAAGGAUGGGAAGCGGCUUCACAUCGUGACCGUGAGAGGGAAAGGGAACGUGAGAGGGAGCGCGAGCGUCGGCAUGCGUCGCAAGCUCCUCAGGCACCACCUGCCGCACAACAGUCGACGACUGCUGUGGCUGGUGCCCAGGGAGUGACGAGCAGCGCUUCAAAAGCAGGUCGGAAGUCGGGCGUGCCACCCCAGAUGGGUCAAGGUGGCGAUAGUCGCGGACAAGGUGAGCGUCAGUUGUCCUCUGCCACGAAGCAGCAGCUUCUGGGUCAGCAGCAGCAACCAUUUUCGUCGUCGAUGCCGUCGCAGCCACAUCGUCACCCUUAUUCAUCAUCAGGCCUACCUUCCCCCGUCGAUGGUCGUUACUCGUCUUCCGCAGGUGGUGGUCUACGCACUCCUCAUGGCGACUUUGCAGCUGCGCAAAGCUUUGCUGGCGUUGGACAAGGCUCCAAUAUUGCUGUGCACGACGCCAACGUCGCCGGCAUCCCGCCUUCGAACCAACCCAAUGGCGGCAGAGACACUCACGUGGACAGCAGUAGAGGUGGCGGCGGUGCGCACUCGCAGGCCAAUAUGUUGACCAACAGCUCCGGCGCCAUCGAGGGCAACCGGAGGCCAGAGGCAAGAGCCGCCACUGGCGGUAUGGGCAAUGGAGAGAUGCAUCCUGCAGAGAGGAAGACGUUCGGGCAGAAGCUGGCAGACUUCCUCUCGUGUCGGUGCGGAUCGUGAGCCUCGACGCACUUUUCGUCGGCCCUCGCUUCCACUCUUCCUUUUGCAGGCUUGCUCCUCAUAUACCCGAUGUCGGCGCCGUCGCAGCUG